AUGACCCUUACAUUUCACAUUCGUCCGGCUAACGUAGAUGAUGUGGACGCCAUGCUCAAGUUGGUUCAGGAUCUUGCGACGUAUGAAAACGAACCCGAGUCCGCAAGGGCUACCCCUGCUCUGUUUCGAGAAAAUAUAUUCGAAAAGAAAUAUGCGCACACCCUCCUCGCGUUUGAUGGGACGCCCGAGGUACCCGGAAUAGCAUUGGGAAUGGCGCUGUAUUUCUUCAAUUUUUCAACGUGGACAGGCAAGCCUGGCCUCUUUCUUGAGGACUUGUAUGUAUCCCCGGAUGCAAGAAAUAAGGGCAUUGGUAAAGCCCUUUUCGCGGAGCUGGGCAAGGUAGCGCAGGAGAAGGGCUGCGCACGCCUCGAUUGGUCGGUACUCAAGUGGAACACGCCAUCGAUCGCAUUUUAUGAAAAGAAAUUGGAGGCUCAAGCAAUGGAGGAAUGGAUGGGUAUGCGGCUGGAGGAACAAGGAAUCGAGAAUCUGCAGAAGUUCGCCGUCCACGCCGCCUGA